AUGGCUCGCCUGGGUUUAUUCAAGCGGCACCAGAAAUUUCAGGCUGAAACUGCCUCUGAGACGAGGUCUUCCGUGACAGUAGAAAAUGACGUCGAGAUACCCCCCAAACCAGCGUUGAAAGAAACAGUCAUAUCAGACGAGGAAAAAACAGAGGCUUUUAGUGAAACCGCUGCAAUUGAGCAGGAAAGUCAUGAUGACCCUGAAAUUGCUGCUUUGCCUCUCCAAGUGCGUCAAAUGAUCAAUAUGGAAGAUGACCCUACGCUGCCCACCAUCUCCUUUCGAUACUUUGUGCUGUCGGCAAUCUUCGUUAUUCCUGGUGCAUUCUUGUCACAGAUGAGCCAUUUCCGUACAACCGAAGCCCCAUACUCCGUAUUCUUCGUCCAGAUCGCCUGCCACUACGCAGGCCACUUCCUCGCCAAUACUCUUCCUGCAUGGAACAUCGGAUUUCCCGGUACGAGAUGGUGUUUUAGCCUCAAUCCAGGCCCAUGGAGUAUCAAGGAGCACGUAUUGGUCACUGUAACAGCAGCCUCUGGAGCAACCUACAACAUGGGGUAUACCCCGAUUGUUCUGGCAGAGCUCUGGUAUGGAACGAAAAUCGAGCCAGCUGUUGCGAUCUUCUUCAUGUGGGCCAUUGUGUGGAUUGGAUACGCUCUUGCCGCCCUCGCACGUAACAUUCUGCUGCCAGAUCCGUCGUAUGUCUGGCCACAGGCAUUGAUGCAAACCAAUCUGUUCGAGACCUUCCGCAAAGCAGACUCAUCCUCGACUCUCGCUCGCCGUCAGAUGAAGAUUUUCUUCUUUUGCCUUCUAGGCAUGACACUCUGGCAGUUUCUACCAGAGUAUGUCUUUCCCUUUCUCUCAUCACUUGCUUUUCUUUGCUGGGUUGCGCCACAAAACAAAGUCGCCAACUUCAUAGGCUCCGGACUGGGAGGUAUGGGAUUCCUGAAUCUCUCGUUAGAUUGGUCAAACGUCAACUGGAAUGGAUCAUCUAUCAUGCUCACACCUUUCUGGACACAAGUCAUUCUGUUCCUAGCCUUUGUAUUUAACUGCUGGGUUCUUCUACCUGCCGCCAAAUGGGGAAAUCUUGGGUCUUACAAGCAUGGCCUCAUGUCUAACAGUCUAUUCCUGGCGAAUGGUACGAAGUAUCCGACAACGGAUGUGCUUACUUCGGAUUAUCAUCUCAACCAGACUGCCUAUGAGACUUAUGGACCAAUGUACAUGGGAUUGCAGAAUGUGUGGGCGACUUUCUUCGACUACGCUAAGCUUCCAGCUGCAAUUACCUGGAUUGCCACGUUUGGCUAUGUACAAGUGAAAAACAACCUAGUGAAGAUUUUUCAACCUAAAGAUGGAUCUCAACCGGAAAAUAGGACUAAGAGUGACAAAGGCAUCCACUGGCAGUACCAUGAUCGUCUAAACGUCAUCCAGAGACAAUAUAAGGAGAUCCCAAUGUGGUGGUAUGGAACUCUAUUCCUGGUGGCAUUCGUUAUUCUGAUCGUGGUUAUCGCGUGUGGAUACCUCUUCAUCCCGAUAUGGACCUUGUUUGUGGCAGUUGCCAGUGCUGCCGUCUUCGUUAUCCCAUUUGCCUGGCUCUACGCCAUCUCCAACUACCAGCUUGAGACAGGUUCUUUCAAUGAGCUGAUGUACGGAUAUAUGGUGCAUACAAAGGCUGGCCAAAACCACCAACACCCAUGCGGUCCCUCGGUCUAUGGCGCCAUUGCUGGCGAUGCAUGGUACCGUGCCCAGUAUAUGCUGCAAGACCAAAAGAUUGGGCACUAUAUGCAUGUACCACCGCGCGAUAUCUUCUUUUCUCAGAUCUGGGGCACUCUAAUGGGCGUUCCCAUCAACUAUGCUGUUAUGCGAUGGGUCAUGGACACCAAGGGUGACUACUUGACUGGAAAGAAAACCGACCCUCUUGACCAAUGGACCGGUCAGAGCUUGCGCAGCUCCAACACAAUGGGUAUCCAGUAUGCGAUUCUUGGUCCAAAGAAAUUAUUUGAAGAGCACGAGAUGAAGCCCCUCCCAUGGGCUUUCCUAGUGGGUGCUGUCAUCCCACCUAUACUGUUUAUGUUCCAUCGGUUCUGCCCCAAAUUACGAAUUGAUCUGUGGAAUGUAAGUAUCUUCUUUGGAGGCCUAGCCAUGUUCUAUGGUAACAUCAGUACUGGCUAUACUUCGGCCAUCAUCGGUGGUUACAUUGUGAUGCAUUGGGCGUAUCGACACCACUUUGAAGUAUGGAAGCGCUACAACUACAUUAUUGCUGCUGCCUUUGAUGCUGGCUUCAACUUGGCCAUGUUGCUCAUAUUCUUGUGCUUUGGAGCUGGCAAGGAGAUCUCAAUGCCCAAGUGGUGGGGAAAUAAUUCGGACUCGGUGGAGCGGUGCUUUGCAUUGGAUAAUUGA